UUUUUUUUUCUCAAUUCCGCCAUUUAAAGUGCAGCAAGUCGCCCUCCGCUUUGUUACUUGAGCGUCCGAGCGUUGCGCACACACUUGGAGCAACCAGCGAAAGUGCAACGGAGUAAGAUCGUGGCGAACAUGAGAGCCGGAUCGGCCAUCGCAUUGUGUGUCUUCAGCUUUGUGUGUCUGUCUGAAUGCGCGCCUCCGACUUGUUACUCGAGGUCGCUGAGCCUGAGCAAGGAAGUGAUGAACCUGUUGGAUAAGAUCCACACUUACCAUCGCACGAAAACUUGUGCUGAGGUGCUACCAACCAUCUUCCUUGAUGUUCAUAACUCCUGCAUCACGACCAAACUCCGCGACUUCCUCUAUGUGCUUCUGAACCAUCCCAGCCAAUAUUGCAGAGAGCGACCCAGGAUGGUGCUGCUGAAAACAAAAAUCCAGAACUUGUAUGCCAUCAUUACAAGAAUUUGCUAUCGGGACUUGGUGUUUUUCACAGACGACUGUGAGGCCAUCGACACUGGACACAGCAGGCCUCACUAUGCCGAGGACAGACUUCAGCUUCUGCAGGAGGAGAGCUAAGCAACACGAGGAGUCGCCCGAAAGCAGCCUGCCGGAAUAAGCGAUUAUGUACAUAAACACCACGCCCUGCAUUGUAUUCACUCGGAAGUGCCGCGGCACGCUACGCGCUGACUCUCGUGCACACUCGCGUUUAGUGGAACAUGCGUGCAGGUUACAUUCCUGCAAGAAUGGCAGAACUUUCCACAGGAAAUUUGCUGAAUGCCAAUCGCGCCGACGCAAACCAUGAAAUAAUAAACCAGUAAGAGAUGCUUGUGAGUGGGGCCCAAGCCUCUUGUUUAUGUAGCGUGGCUGAUCAAAGCUCUGUGUGUCAUUAA